AACUAUCCGAACUGGCUCAGUCGCAGACGACAUUUUUAGGGCACGUACGUAUAAACCUUAUCACGUGUGCGGCGGGUAGCGUUUACCUUGGAUAACUAGCGAUAACGGUAACUUCGGUGACAGUAAUGGAUAACGAUAAAAUCAGGGAACAAUACGGCCACUAUGCCAGACGUCUUACAGAAUCCGAAGUGGAAAAACUGGCAAACGACACUGUCAGGCUCUCUCCCUUCAAGUGCAACAAACUUGAACUCGAGGCACGGAAACACUGGGACCUCUUCUACAAACGCAACGAAACUCGUUUCUUCAAAGAUCGUCACUGGACGAAACGAGAAUUCGAAGAACUCAUCUGUGACACGCAAAGUGACAAUAGCAGACCCGUUUUGCUCGAAGUCGGAUGCGGUGUUGGCAACUUUAUUGUCCCCUUAAUAGAAGAGAACUGUGCAUUUUACAUCUACGCCUGCGAUUUCUCACCUAGAGCCGUAGAGUUCGUUCAGUCAAAUCCACUCUUCACUGAGGAUGUAGGAAAGGCCUUUCAAUGUGACAUCACACAAGAUAGGCUCUCAGACACCAUACCAGAAGGCAGUGUUGACAUUGCGACUAUGAUCUUUGUACUUUCUGCUGUCCAUCCCGAUAAGAUGGGUCAGAGCUUAGAAAACGUGCUUAAAGUACUAAGACCGGGUGGUUUAUUGCUAUUCAGAGACUAUGGCCUCUACGACCAAGCCAUGCUAAGAUUUGGUCCCGGACACAAAAUAGGGGAAAACUUCUAUGUCAGACAGGAUGGGACUAGAGCAUUCUAUUUUUCUGAGGAACACUUAAUGGAGCUGUUUGUCCAGGCUGGAUAUCUCGUCGAAUCCAGCAGCUACGUCACUCGUGAAACGGUUAACAAGAAGGAAGGAAUCUGUGUUCCUCGUAUUUUUGUGCAGGGGAAGUUCAGAAGGCCAUCCUGACUCGGCUGAAAGCAUUUGAGUGAUAGUUAAAAAUAUAUCUGUAAAUAACUGUAUAUUUUCAUCCUAAUAAAAUAUUAACUCUGUA